AGAUGGAAGCGUUAACAUCGUAUCAUGAGAGAGCCAUCCUCCACAGCACUCGAGGGGAGAAUACACUCCCACUCGCAUCCCUUGUCUAUAAAAAAAUUCUGCUUCUCUUCCAAAGCUCGCACUACUCUUGUGUAUGCCAAUGGCACUUUCAAUGGCAGAACGUCGAGCCUUGACAAGCGGACGAGGAGUCACCUGUGCUUCGAUGUUUGGGUGGAAAACGGAACCCUCCACGCGAUGGACAUGGACUACAGCAACUCCACUCUAACAUACAGCCUCUCCGCUGUAUUCGGCUUCCGAAACGAAGACUACCACCGUGACAGCGACACCGUGGAAAAGCUUGCAGCGGCGCCCUUGUAUGGCGGACAGCAGCUGGGGCCGGAAUCAAGUCUGACGACCUUCCAGCUGCGGUUUCUGGAGACGGCGAUGGUUCCCUUCGACGUGCGGGCGCAGCAGGCUGCUGGCGCUGUGGUCGCAAGAACGUACGCCGACGACGCCGCGCGGGGCUACUACACCAUACAGGUGAAGCUAAGCCUGGGUUUUGGAGGACUCGCGUGGUGCGACUCCACCUGCACCCUCUAUUUCUUUGCGCCAUUGCCGUCCCCAAGAGGUGCUCCCAACAUCUUCGAUGGCGACGAUUGUAGUACUAAAUGUAAAACCAGUGUGUUCCAUGACACCGAACAAGUUGGUAACGCAACUGUUGCCUCUCUUUCUAGUCUGAUAAAAACCAGAGUGUUGCAUCUUUGUGCAAUCGUCGUCCUCAAGGGGUGCUCGCAACAUCUUCGACGGCAACCAUUGUUGGACUACAUGUAAAACCAGUGUGUUGCAUGACAGCAAACAAUUAAGUUCUGUAAGAGC